AAGAGCCUCUCUCCAUUUUCUCCGCGAGGACCGUCCGUUUAGCUUUAGCAGCUCCAUUUUAGGGAGACACAACUCCGUCUCUCUCUCUGUUUCUCUCUUUCUUUUUGUUUUUGUUUUAACUCUUUACAAAAAAAAAAGACAUCUAGCAGAGAGUUUCCUCUCGUUUCUUUUCGUCGGCGCUUAAUUAGAAAAGCUAGCUGUGUUGUAGGUUAUAUAUUUUUUUAAAAACAGAAGAAGCUACUCAAAGCUAACUCUCUAGCUCGGGCUGUAAAAGGCUUUUCUCUGCACCGACGCAACACUCGUUGAAGCCUGCAAAGCGAAGUCCGUCAAAAUGAGCGCAGCCUCCUCCCAAAAAGUCGUCCUGAAAAGCACCACCAAGGUGUCCCUGAAUGAGCGCUUCACUAACAUGCUGAAGAACAAGCAGCCCACUGCGGUAAGCAUUCGAGCCACCAUGCAACAGCAGCAUUUGGCCAGUGCCCGGAAUCGCCGGCUGGCCCAGCAGAUGGAGAACCGGCCCUCGGUGCAAGCGGCUCUGAAUCACAAGCAGAGCCUGAAGCAGCGCCUGGGGAAGAGCAACAUCCAGGCCAGGCUGGGCCGGCCCGUAGGGGCUCUGAUUCGCGGAGGACCUGUCGGAGGCAGAGGAGGGAUGCGGGGGAUGCCCAGGGGAGGCUUUAGAGGACGAGCCAGAGGAGGCGCAAUGAGGGGAGCUCUAGCCCUGAGAGGGAAGCGAGUGCUUACCGGCGGCCCCAUGCGAGGCCGCGGCGCAGCUGGACGCCUGGCAAUGCGCAGAGGAGGCCGCCACCGUGGAGGACCUGUCGGCAGAGGCGGAGCUCUGUCCCGAGGAGCAGCACGAGGGGGAAUGGUCAGAGGACGUGGAGCACUGCGCGGCCGUGGCGGCUUCGCCGGACCAGGAGGUCGUGGCCGCGGGCGGGGCCGAGGCAUCGGCCGUCCAGCUGUGACCCGCGAACAGCUGGACAACCAGCUGGACGCCUACAUGUCAAAGACCAAAGGUCACCUGGAUGCCGAACUGGACGCCUACAUGGCCCAGGCGGACCCGGACAGUAUGGAGUGACGCCGACGGACUGAAUCAGAAGCACAUCUUUAGAGUCGGUGCAGAACUGUACAGCUGAACUCGCACACACAGUGUAGUGUAUCUCACACCAGGCUGCUGCUGUGCUGAGGGCGUGUUAAUAAUUUAGAUGAGUGGCGACAGUCCGGGACUCUUUAGCUUUGGAACAGCAGGAAAUCGUGGUGUCACCUGAAUGUGCUUCAACCACUACUCAAUACUGCAACAACCUGCUCCCGCAAAAACCCUUUUAAUUCUGGAUUAACGGUGUGACGGGACCUUUUUAAACAUUAACAAACCCUGUGUUUUGUUUUGUUUUUAUAUAUGUAUGACCUGGAAAAACACUCAAAACCCAGACAUCUGUAUCUGUAAUGGCUUCAAUCCGGUCGAUGCUGCAGGAGUUGUUGCGUUAACCUUCUGUUGAAUCCAAUUUGUCUUCAGAUUUUUUUUUUUCUACACUGUUAUUUUAAAUUAGAUUUUAGUGUUUGUAUGCUCAGACCUUUGGGGAAUAAUUCAAAUGGCUUAUUGUGGAAACAUUUGCAAUACAAAAGCUUCCUAAAUUAUGUGAAGAAUGUAAGAAAAGUUUUUUUUUUUUAAAGCCACGUAUCCAUUUGUCCUUUUUUGUUUUUGUAUUUAAAAGAUGUAGUAGUCUUUUGUUCCUCCGUUAUCUUCCACCUGUCUGCGCUCUUCAAGCGGAGAGCGCCGACAUUCUUAACUUGUACAUGAGAGCAUUUGUAUGACGUGACCCAAAGCAAGUAAAAGAAGUUUUAAUUAAAAUGGAGAAUGGAUUCCC